AUGGCUCCAACAACAUCAAGAUCAGCAUCAACACGGCAAGCUUCGCAUGCGGGCAGCUGGUACUCUGACAACCAAAAAGAUCUCGAUGCCUCGCUCUCCGAGUGGCUCGAGGAUGUCGACGUCAAGUCACUCCCAACACCACUAUCCGUUUGCGAGCACAAACCUUCCGCAGAAUCACUACCACUUCCGAUCACAAACUGUCGGGCUCUGAUCGGUCCGCAUGCAGGAUACUCUUACUCUGGUCCUGCUGCCGCAUAUGCUUAUCGCUGCAUCGACAAUUCUCAAAUCGAGCGCAUCUUCAUCCUUGGCCCUUCGCAUCAUGUCUAUCUCGAUGGCUGUGCCGUCUCUGGCUGCGAAGAAUAUGAAACGCCGCUCGGUAAUCUCAAGAUCGACCGUCAGAUCACAGAGGCACUGAAAGCAACGGGAAAGUUCGGCACAAUGACGCAGUCACAGGACGAAGACGAGCAUAGCAUUGAGAUGCAUCUACCUUACAUCUACAAGAUGUUUAAGGGCAAGUCAAUUCAGAUCGUUCCCAUUUUAGUAGGCGCUAUCAAUACGAGCAAAGAGGAUGCCUACGGAAAGUUGCUUGCACCCUACCUCAAGGAUCCUCGCAACUUCUUCGUAGUCUCGAGCGACUUUUGUCAUUGGGGAUCACGCUUCAGCUACACCUACUACCGUCCAGCUGGGUCGAGCUUGGCAACGACACUGUCAAACAGGUCUCCUCGCUCUGCAUACGAACAGCCGCCUAUUCACCAGAGCAUUCGAGAGCUGGACGAGAGCGGAAUCGAAGCCAUCACCCAUCCUUGGACCAAAGGUGGCAAAACAGGUAAAUCAGCAGAAGAGGCAAGACUCGCUUUUGCAGAGUACCUCAGCUCAACUAAGAAUACAGUCUGCGGAAGACACCCCAUCGGUGUUCUGCUUGCAGCCUUGGCGGAGCUCGAAAAGACGGACAAGAUCCAGACAGAGUGUCGCUUCACAAGAUACGAGCAGAGCAGUCAGUGUUUGACGCCGCAAGAUUCAUCCGUUUCGUAUGCUUCCGCGUUCGUUCGCUUCCGGCACUGA